GCGGAGUCAGGGAGGCGGGACGCGGCGGCACGGGCGCUCGGGGACCCUUUUAAGCGGCCGAGGUUUGCGCCAAACUUUCAUUCAUAACUGCGAGGCAGUGAUCAAGGGAGUGAGACACGCAGUGUGUGCCGGAGCAAGAUGCGGAUCCUGUUCGUAUUACUAGUCAGCUCCUGCGGCUUCGCACACGCGGUUAACAGCGCGGCCGAGACCAAAGUGCAGGACCUGCUGGACACCUACCACGCGCGCGCGCAGGUCCUCUACAACAUCAACACGCUCAAGGCCUGGGCCUACUCCACCAACAUCACCGACCACAACAGCAAAGAGGCGGCCGAUGCACAGCUGGAGGUGACGAGGUACCAGACGGAGGUGUACGAGGAGGCGCAGAAGUACCGCGGGGCGCAGCUGUCGCCAGGGACCAGUAGGCUGCUCAGAAUGGCGUUCCAGGCCCAGCUGGAGGAGGAGGACGCCAAGGCGCUGACGCAGAUCUCGAGCAACAUGUCUUCCAUCUACGGCCGCGGGACGGUGUGUCUCGGGGCGCAGGAAGGCGAGCAGUGCGAGAAUCUGGAGCCAGGUCUAACGCGCGUCAUGGGGGCCUCCAGAAACUACACCGAACUGAGUUACGUGUGGGAGAGCUGGAGGACGCGCGUCUCCAGGAAGAUCAGGCCCUUCUACCUGCAGUACAUGUCUCUGAUCAACAAGCACGCUCGCCUCAACAAUUACACGGACGCCGGCGAUCUCAUGAGGAAGAAGUACGAGACCGACACAUUCGAGCAAGACAUGCUGGCCCUUUACGAGGAGCUGGACCCCCUGUACCGCCUGGUCCACGCCUACGUCAGGAAGAAGCUGCGGCAGGUGUACGGCGACCAGGUGAUUCCACCAAGAGGGCCAUUGCCUGCCUGCGUCCUGGGGGACAUGUGGGGAAGGUUCUGGACGAAUCUUUACCCCGAGUUGGUUCCAUACCCAGAGCAGCCUGACAUCGACGUCACGCAGACCAUGCAGGACGGCGGGUACAACGUCACCCACAUGUUCAAGUUAGGGGAAGAAUUUUUCACUUCGAUGGGGCUGAAGCCGCUGCCGGCGACCUUCUGGAACCUGUCCAUGCUGGAGCGCCCCGAGGGUCGCAGCGUCCAGUGCCACGCCACCGCCUGGGAUUUCUACGAUUCUAAGGACUUCAGGAUCAGAAUGUGUUCAGAGGUCAACUUCGAGAACCUUGAGACGAUCCAUCACGAGCUCGGUCACGUCCAGUACUUCAUGCAGUACGCUCACUUGCCUCUGACCUACAGAGACGGCGCCAACGACGGCUUCCACGAGGCCAUCGGGGAACUGAUGUCCAUGUCCAUGUCGACGCCAAAGCAUCUCGCGGAGAUCGGCCUGCUGCAGGAGGUUCCCGAGAGCGAGGAGCUGGGCAUCAAUUUCCUGAUGCGGACGGCGCUGAAGAGCGUCACCACGCUGCCCUUCCACCUCGUCAACGACCUCUGGCGGUGGAGGCUCUUCAGGGGCGAGUAUGACACGGAGGAGGCGAACGAAGAGUUCUGGAAGCUUAAAGAGCAGUACCUGGGCGUGGUUGCGCCGGUGCCCCGGGCCAAGGACGACCUGGACCCGGUCUCCAUCUUCCACAUCGCCACCGGGUACGACAUGAUCCGGUACUUCACCCGCACUGUGCUGCAGUUCCAGUUCUUCGAGACGCUGUGCAGGGCGGCGAACCACCAGGGGCCGCUCCACACCUGCGACUUCUACGGGUCGAAGGAGGCCGGGGACCUGCUCGCGAGGAUGCUGUCCCUGGGAUCGUCGCAGCCGUGGCAGGACGUGCUGCAGGUGAUGACUGGCGAGAGGAGGAUGACGGCGCGGCCGCUGCUCGACUACUUCCGCCCGCUGAAGGAGUGGCUGGAGGAGGACAACGCCAGGGACGGCGACGGCGUCGGCUGGGGCGACUCUUGGAAGCAGACGCCAGGUGCGUCCGGAGCGCCCCGCGCGGCGACGCCCCUCAGCCUUUGGGCCGUUCCGCUCAUGGCCCUUAUGUGGCGGCCGUAGGCGAGGCGCCCCCGAACGCCAGGCGGCCCCGGCGUCGAGUGCGCGUGGCAGCUCCUGGCUCUGGCCUGUACUUACGAGACAUUCAUCAGGAAGUGUUCAGGUCUCACGGGCUGGGCUCGGAAGCGCUUCUGCAC